AUGACUUUUAGAGAAAGUGCAGCAGGUUCAAUGUUAGACAAUGAAACAUCAAAAUUCUAAAAUGAGAUAUUGAAGAAGAUUGAUUUACAUGAUAAAAAACAUUAUGUUGACACUUAGCACACUGAUUAAGAUGAUGCAGAAAUGAGAGAUUAAAAUUAAGGGCAGCCUAAGUAUUCAAAGAUUUUAAAGCUUGAAAAUCAUCAUUAAAGAUUAUCCACUGUAAGUAGUGGCUUUUUCACAAGCAGAUUAUCUCCUCUUAAAAGAAUAGAGUAGAAUUCAGAGCUAAAUAGAAGAUUGAAUAGAGUGAAAAUGGGUUCAAGAGAUGUGUCAUACCUACGAGAGGCCUAACUUAAGUAGUCAUAAUAAAAUACAAUAAGAGAUGAUUCUCCCUCUAAGAAUAUUAUCGUUGAGGAGAAAGAUUAUACCUUACUUGAGAAAGGAGGGAAUAUUUACCCUAUAAUAACUGAACAAAAAGUUGAAUUUAAGUAGCAACGAGCAAAUUCGAAUGUAUCAAUUGAAAGCUAAGGAUCCAUGAAUGAGUCAAUCAAAAUCAAGCAAUCAAUAAAUCCACUAUAAUCGUCAAAGUCAUUAUUGAAAUCUAGUAGUUUACCCUAAUCUGGAAUGAUGCUAUAUCCUUUGUUUAUUGAAAACUACUAAAAAUACAAACUAGACAAGAAAAAUAGGUAGGUCGAUUAAAUUUAAGAUGAUAAUGAGCUGAAUGUCAUUUUCUAAUAAUUCUAGAAAAGACUCUUUGAUUACAUGGAAAACUAAACUUAGCAUAAACUACCUCUUACUUUUCCAGUAAAUCAAGGCAUGAUGUAAGCUUUUGGUAUGCCCUCAAGUAGACAAUAGGUUGAAAUGCUUAUUAAUUGGUUUGAUGAAUCCCUGUCAAAUCUCAUGUAUUUAUCUUUAAAGUCAAAAGAUGAUACCGAAAAUGAACAAAAGCUUCUUUAUUAAGACAAUGAUUUUGAAAAAGAAGCUUAGAGAUAACUCAAGAAAGAGAAGAGUCAAUCAAAUAGAAUAUAAGAAUUGCUAGAAUUUACAUAACGAGAACUGUUAAAUUAAGUCUCUAUAUAAUGCUAAGAGAGAGGAUUUUUGCUUUAGAAAGUUGUCAAUAUGAGAUUAGGAAUAUAGCAAGACACUAUCAACUAGCUGAGAUAUGAUAAAAGACAGAUUCAUCUAAAAGCUAAAUCUAAUAUAUUCAUGUUAAAAGAGAAGCACUAAAAAGAGAUACAUGACAUUGAGAACGCUAAUAUGGAGUCUAAGAAAAGCCUAAUGAAACUAUAGGACAUCAACUUAGAUCUUUCGGGAAAGAUAGAAUAAAUACUAAAGGAUUUGAAUGAUGUCAAGAUAAAAAAGAAACAAUUUUAAAAGUUAAACAAUCAUCUUAUAGAUUCAUUGAUCAUCAAAAGUAAUUAGUUAAAAGCAGCCAACAGCAAAUUUAAAUUUAAAAUAAAUUAAGUCGAUGACCAUGAAAACAAUCCUAUUAUACCUGUCUCACAUUUCUCAAAAAAGAAAACCCUAAAAAACUUAGAUAGGUAAUCAGAGACUAAUUUAGAUCCAAAUGGGCUUUAGGCAAAAGCAGUUGCUGGUAUUUCAAAGAAAAUUUGGCAAUCUAAAAGUGGAAGUAGACUCUUUAAGCAAACAGAUAAUGCUGAAUUAAGAUAACUAUAAGAGUAACUGAAGUAAAGAAUUGCAAGCAGAGUGAAAAAAUUACUGGAUGAUUCAGGAGGUAUAGAAGAAGGAGAUAACUCAUUUAUUUCUAGCGAGGGUUUUGAUAAUCCAGAUGAAUAGAUGACCACUUAAACUAGAAUGAUGAUGAAGGACAACAAUGAAAAGGUAGUUGAAGUUGAUGAAGAGGAAAAACCAAAAAUAGAGAUCUAGCAAAAAAGCAGACAAAAAAAUCUUGCUGAAUAAACUAAUCAUCAAUAAUUAUAUGGUUAGCAUACCAGAAAAUUUGAAAGAAGUGGAAAUAAUGAUUUUUCAACUGUAGAAUAAUUAGUUGUUGGUAAGAAUGCAUAACUAAGAUCAAUCGAUCGAAAUAAUGUCAUGGUAGAGCCCAUAACACCAAAGCUAAAGUAAAACACAUUUUAAUAUAGUUAAUUCGAUUCAAUUAAAAAGAAGCCAUAGAAUAACCAAUAAACCUAAUAGUACAAUCAUUAAAUUAGUCUUUUCAAUCAACAGACUUAAAAAAUGGAUAGAGAAUCUAGUUUCCUCAGAGGCAUUAUUCAAUCUUAAUAUACUGAGAAGCAAGUAUUGUCAAAAAGCAAAUCAAGUGAAUCAAGCAGAAAUUUUGAAGACAUAGGCCUCUAAUUUCCAGAAGAUGAUAUCUUAAACGAAAGUGACUUUAGAUCUAUGCAGAUUGAGGUGAAAGAAAGACCUCUAAUUAAAAUUAUUAAAUAAGGGGAAGAUCCGGAAACCCCAAAAAGGAAGCAGAAUAAAUUUAGCAAACAUAAACCUGAUGAAACCCCAAAGAAUAAGCAACUAGUAAUUGAUCUUAACCUAGAGCAAUUUGAUAAUGUGGAAUAGUUAGAUGUCUCUCAAGGAGGUAUUGUCCUUGUAAGCAUGGAAUCAUCAAAUGACUCUUAAGAUCAUAAAAAGGACAUGGAUGAUGAUAAUUCAAACCUGAGAAAAUAAAAAGAAAAGGAAGAGCUUAAGAAAUUCCUGGAGGAUAAUGAUGACUAAAACAUUGAAAACAUUCAGAAUGAGGAUUUCGCUAUUGUACAGGAAUCAGAUAUUGAAGAAAAUGAGUAAUAUGAAAAAGUUAAUGAUAAAAAUAUGAUUUUCUUUAAUGCAAAGGAUAGUCCAUUAAGAGAAAAUUUUGAAAAGCAAACUACUGAUGCCUUUAAAGAUAGAGUAGGUAUCAUUGUGAACAUGAUCUUAGAAAAUAUUAAUUCUGAUAAAAUGAGCAAGAAGUAGCUCUUGCAAUUAGUAGUAACAAACAUACUAAAGAAUGAACAAGAUGAAAUUAAGACAAUGGUAAUAGAGUAGAUCUUUGGGCAAGAUACUGUGAGAGAAGGGGCCUAUACUACUCAAACAUCCAGAAAUGACUCUCCACUAAUACAAAGAAAUGAAUUAAAAAAUCACGGGAACUAUCAUUUGCCUUCUUAUCUUCUCUCUAAGCCAAGAGAUAUGGGUUGUCAGACUGAUUCUUUGCUAGCAAUUGACUUUUUAGAAUAGACUGAUUUUGAGAUUAUUAGGAAGCUGGAAUUUAUUUAUAAUGGUCCAAAGCCUGACCCAGAUGCAGAUAAAAAGAAAAAAGAGAAGCCUAUGAAUCCAAUCCUAGAGAAGUUAAAAGAAUAAACUCAAGGUCAAAAAUUAGAAAUAGAAAGAUCCAAUAUCAUUUUAAAAGAGCUUUUGUAUAAGAUUAGAGAAUUAGAGGAAUAUGUUUCAACAUUGGAAGAAAGGAAAACAUAAUUAGAGGAUUAGCUUGAUGUUAAUUAUAAAUAAAAGGAUAGAUUUGUUUAGUAAUUUGAUCUAUGGAUAAAUUCUUGGCAUAAAGGGUUUGUCAUUGGAUUUGAAAGAGGAAUGUCCUCUGGAUAUUUUAAAGGUGCUGUUGAAAGUAAAGAUUAUGGGAUAUAAGAGGGCUUCUAGUUAGGAUUAAAAGAAGGUUGGUCAUUUGGUUUUGACGAUGGCUUCAAAAAUGGAGUUAGAAAGAUUUAUUAAGAAGCCAAGGAUAAGGGGCUUGAUGUAAAUAUUCUCACACCUGUUCUCAACACAUUUCUAUCCCAAUCUGAAAAGAGAUAAGGCAUACUUUAGCAUAUUUAGCAAAAGCUCUUUAAGAUUGGUCCAUUUAAAUAACUAGGUCCAUUAGUUAGGGGAUUUACAUAGAAAUUUAAUAGUUAUAAUGACAAGAAAAAGAGAAAUUAUGCUAAGUUAGGUCUAAAAACAGUUAUUAAAAUGAUAAGAUAGUUUUAUGCAGCAAAGAUUCAGAAUAAAGAAUAUUUGCUUACAGAAUUUAUUUAUGAUGAAUGCUAGAAAAAAUUUGGACAUAGCAAGAUGGCAAAGAAGGCAUUUAUUUAAUUUGUAGCAUCAGCUUACUAUCAUAUGAACUAACAUAUUAAAAUAAAUCUUUGCUGCUCAUUCAUGCAUAUAAAUGAAAAGCCUUUUUCAAAUGAAGUUACUAAUUUUUAUGUCGCUGUUGUAGAUGCUAUUGAAAAAUGCAACAUAGGUUUAAAAUCAGAAUACGAUGAGAAAACAGAUAGAGAAUCAAUUUCCUUAACAAAAGCAGUUGAGGUUAUGAAAGAUAAACUUGAAAUGAUGCUUCCUACAGAAAUCAUUCUUGAACUUAGAAGCAGAAUUGAAAAGCUCAAAAUUAAAGGCUAGAAGACUAGGUAAUAAUCUAUUGAUUUGGAUAAGUACAUGGACUUUAUGAUUAGAAGUUUUAUAAAAUUUCAUGUAGAUCUUAUUAACAAACCUUAGUUGAUUUACUUCUCUUACACCUUAUAUGAAAAAAACUAAAUGACCUAUAAUGAGCUUUAUAUUACUCUUGAAAUCCUAGGAGGUGAUACUCUAAGGAUGCUAAAUGAACUAAGAGAACAUAUCAUUAUUUCAAAGAGAGAUCUACUGAAGUUAUUCUAAGAAGGCUGUAAAGAAGAAGAAACUGUUGUGAUCAGAUAUCAACAAUUCCACGAAAUAAUAAAGGAUUCUGAUAUUUUCUAGACUAAAGCAGCUAGAGAUAUUUUUGGAAAGCUACCUUUUAGAGGCCCAGUUCAGAAAUUCCAAGAGCAAUUCGAUAUUUAAGCAGCGCAGCUAAAGCUAUAUAUUAAUGAAAUUUAUUCAAGUUAAGAAUACUUGGAUAGAAUGGAACAUGUUGAAUAAAAAGAAUACUGGUAUGACAGGAUAUAUGCAAUUGAGAGAAAUAUUGGUGAAGUAAAUUCUACUCUUCUGUAUCUUUCGUAAGUAUUAGUAACAGAGUCUUUGAAAUACAUGAAGAAUUACAGAGAAAGAAUUAUUAAGGUAAUGUGGGAAGAGAAAAAUGGCAUGAAAGCACCUGAAAAUGUUGAUGUUGAAUAGCUUAUCAUCCAUCCUAAUGUCGGACAAUUCUAAGAAAAGAAUAUUAAAGAGCAUAUUAAAUUGAAAGUUGAAGAAAUUACAACAAAUGCCACUCCUAAUUUCAUUAAAGUUAAGGUCACAAACCUUUAAACUCCAAAUUAAUCUUCAAAAAUUUAAUCAAAUUUCAAUAGUACAGGAUCAUUCUUUGGCAUACAAACAAAUAAAACUAAUGAUAACCAUCAUAAAUGA